AUGGCAGAGACAAAACCAGACACACCGUUGAUGCCACCAUCAACGAGGAACCUUCCAGAUUUCAAGAAGUCCGUGAAAUUGAAGUACGUGAAGCUUGGCUAUCAUUACCUAAUCACACAUGGCAUGUACCUCUUUCUUUCCCCUCUGGUGGUGGUUAUUGCUGCACAGCUCUCAACCUUCUCCCUCGAAGAUCUCCAUGACAUUUGGGAGAAUCUACAAUACAAUUUGAUAUCCGUUAUUCUUUGCUCCACCCUGAUUGUAUUUUUGUCCACACUAUACAUUAUGACUCGUCCAAGACCCGUAUACCUUGUCAAUUUCUCAUGUUACAAGCCCGAAGAAGCUCGCAAAUGCUCAAAAAGGAGAUUUAUGGACCAGUCGAGGAGGAGUGGUUUUUUCAGAGAGGAAAAUCUUGAAUUCCAGCGGAAGAUUCUGGAGAGGGCUGGCCUUGGGGAAAGCACUUACUUUCCACAAGCUGUUCUCAACGAUCCUCCCAACCCUUCAAUGCAAGAGGCAAGAAAAGAAGCUGAGGUUGUUAUGUUUGGUGCAAUUGAUGAGCUGUUUGCCAAGUCUUCUGUGAAGCCUAAGGACAUUGGAAUUCUGAUUGUAAAUUGCAGCCUCUUCUGCCCCACGCCAUCGCUGUCAGCAAUGAUUAUUAAUCAUUAUAAGCUUAGAGGAAACAUAAAGAGCCUCAACCUUGGUGGGAUGGGAUGCAGUGCAGGUCUCAUUUCAAUUGAUCUUGCUAAGGACCUUCUCCAAGUUCACCCCAAUUCCUAUGCAUUGGUUGUUAGCACAGAAAACAUUACUCUGAAUUGGUACCCUGGGAAUGACCGAUCCAAGCUUGUUUCCAAUUGUUUGUUCCGUAUGGGAGGGGCUGCCAUACUGCUUUCCAACAAAAGCUCUGAUAAGAGAAGAUCCAAAUACCAGCUGGUUGACACAGUUCGCACUAAUAAGGCUUCUGAUGACAGGUGCUUUGGCUGUGUUGUCCAAGAGGAAGAUUCCAAUGGCAAAAUUGGCGUCACUUUGUCAAAAGAUUUAAUGGCAGUUGCUGGUGAUGCUUUGAAAACAAACAUCACCACAUUGGGGCCUCUUGUCCUUCCAAUGUCCGAACAACUCCUAUUCUUUGCCACGUUGGUUGGGAAGAAGCUUUUCAAGAUGAAGAUCAAGCCUUACAUUCCAGACUUCAAGCUGGCUUUUGAGCAUUUUUGCAUCCAUGCCGGAGGCAGAGCUGUGUUGGAUGAACUUGAGAAGAACUUGCAGCUGUCCACUUGGCAUAUGGAGCCAUCAAGAAUGACGCUUUACCGUUUUGGAAAUACCUCCAGCAGUUCUCUUUGGUAUGAACUGGCUUACACAGAAGCCAAAGGGAGGAUCAGGAAGGGUGAUAGAACAUGGCAGAUAGCAUUCGGUUCUGGAUUCAAGUGCAACAGUGCAGUGUGGAAGGCUCUCAGGACCAUCAACCCUGCCAAGGAGAAGAACCCUUGGAUGGAUGAGAUCCACAAUUUCCCAGUUGAAGUUCCAAGGAUUUCAUCCUUCUAA